AUGAGCAAAUAUAUUUAUACAUUUGGUGAUGGCAAAGCAGAAGGUAGUGCAGCUAUGAAGAAUCUUUUGGGAGGCAAAGGAUCUGGAUUAGCAGAAAUGAAUCUGAUUGGCAUUCCUGUACCCCCAGGAUUCACAAUUACAACAGAUGCUUGCAACUUGUACACUAAGAAUGGUGCUGAAUCCACUUUCGCACUCAUCAAGGCUGAUGUUGAGAAAGCACUUCAUUAAGUAGAAGAGUUGACUAAGAUGGAAUUUGGCUCAGCUGAAAACCCCUUACUCGUUUCUGUUAGAUCAGGAGCCAGAGUUUCAAUGCCUGGUAUGAUGGACACAAUUCUCAAUCUUGGAUUAAAUGAUAUCUCAAUUUGCAUGGGAUUCAUACAGAAGAUUCAUUCAAAUGUUCAGUGA